AUGUCGUCAUCAGUACUUCGAAGUGGUCGGGAUCGACAACAACCGCCACCUAGGAAGAGGAGAAGAGUUUCUCAAAGUCGAGUUAUUGAUAUUACAUCAGACGAUGAAGGUUCACCUAUUAAUCAAAUUAUUGAUGGUGCAGGUAAUAGCGCGAUUCCUUUAGCAAAUCAGCAUCGAGAUGUUCAAGAGCCAGAAGGUGAUGAUGAUGAUGAUGAAAUUCAAAUACUAUCUGUGAAUGAUAAUACUCCUACAGCUUUAACCAAUCUAAGUAGAGAAGGGAGUGUGGGUAAUAAUAAUCGUGAUUUUGAUGGUAAUAAUCAAACAAAUCAAAUGGGUGGCGACAUUAGUAAUGAAGACGAUGACAUAGAAAUUGUUGAUGUAAGAGAAGCAUCAGAACCUUUAAGGUCUCAACCACCACAUAUAGAUACACCUUAUGGUCCUUUUAUAUAUGAAGUUAGAAACUUACACAAUUCCAGGCAAGACUUUAGCGAAAUACCGUUGAGGACGCUAUAUGCUAGUUUCAUGAAUGAACCAUCACCACGUCCAGCAGAACCGUCACAGCAAAGAAAUUUGAGGUCAAGUCGUACAACUCGAUCUACUACUACACAUCCCGAUCAAACUCAAGCAACAAGUCGUAGAGGAAGAGGUAGAGGUAGAAGCAGUGGCAGAGGUAGAGGUGCAGCUAAUCGAAGUAAUCCACCACGUGAAAGAAGUCAUCAUAAUACAAAUCUCACACAACUACAACAGCAACAUCAUCAGAAUUUGCAAAUGCAUAUGCCAGAACAAUACAGAUCUUUCAUAACCAGAUCUUUAGAAAGAAUCAAUCAGCUACAUUUUCAGUUGGGAAAUCCAUAUUUUGAUUCUGAUUUUGAGAAUUUCGAGGAUUAUGAUUCAGAUGAUAUUGCUCAAAUGUCUGAUAGUGAAAGAGAUAUAAUGAGAAGAAUUGAAGAAGAUAAUAAUAGAACUUUGAAUGCAAGAUCUGAUAGAGAAUCAAAAUUCAAUCAAAAAACAAUGCUUGAAAAAAAGCAAGCAUCUGAUCGAUUAAAUAAAUCAAAAAAUUAUACAACUACUAUUAGUUCUAAAGAAUUAUUAAUUUGUGAAUUAUGUGGUAUUGAAUUAGGUGAAGGUUCACCUGAAGGAUUUAAAUCUAAUACAGAAUAUGAUAAAAAUUUUGAAAAACAUUCAAUGAAUUUAAAUGUACAAGCACCUUGGUUUUGUACUAAUCCAUUUACAGCAAUAGAUGCAAUAUUAAGUAAAAGAGUAUUUGCAUCAAAAUGUGGUCAUUGCUUUUGUGGAAGAUGUGUUAAAAAUAUUGCAAAUAGAUCAAAAAAAGUUCCAAAAGAUUCACCAAAAGGUUUUACUAUAAAAAAUCCAAAUAUAUUUGCUCCUCCUAAAUGUCCUGCUAAAGAUUGUGGUAAAAGAUUUGUUUCUAAAGCAUUUACUGAAAUUUAUUUUUAA